AUGACUAGGAAAGAGGUGGUGGUGGUGGCAGCAGUCACUGCGGUUGCAGCGGCCCUAAUAGUUGGUCAAUGGAUGCGGAGGAAAGAGAGGCGGCGGAAACACACACACAUGAUUUUGAGAAAAUUCGCUAGAGAAUGCGCCACGCCGGUUUCGAAGCUGUGGGCGGUGGCGGACGCCUUGGUCGCCGAGAUGAUCUCCUCUCUCGCUUCCACCACUGCCGAGAGUAGUGGUUCCCUCAACAUGCUCGUUUCAUUCGCCGGUUCUCUCCCUUCAGGGGAUGAGAAAGGGGUGCAUUAUGGAGCUAACUUGCGAGGCAAGGAACUUCUACUUUUACGUGGGACUUUAGGAGGUAACGAAGAACCAAUUUCCGAUGUAUAUAAACAAGAGAUUUCAAUCCAUGAGGAUGUUUUGAACGGUUCUUUCAAGGAGCUGUGCGAUUAUAUAUCCUUGGAGCUAGUUAAAUUCCUUGGGAUGAAUCCUGGUGAAGAAACAGAUGAAGUCAAGAAUCUAGGGUUUACGUGGACACGCUAUGUCGAGGACAUUGGGCCUAGUAGUUCAAUCUCGACGAUACAAAGGAAGAGUCUAGCAAAUGAUGAUAAUGACAAGGUUCUGAAGGAGUUUGUGAAUGAUAUGAAUGAAUCAUUGGAGAGACAUGGUCUGAAGAUUCGAAUGAACAUGUCGUUGGUGGAUGACACAAUAGGAGUGUUGGCUGGAGGAAGAUACUAUCAUAAGGACAGUGUGGCUGCAGUCACUUUAGGUAUGGGAACCAACUCUGUUUACAUCGAACAAGCUCAAGAGGUUUUGAGGUGGAAACCCACAACGCCUUACGAGCCACAAGAGAUUGUUAUCAGCACAGAGUGGGGAGAUUUCAGAUCCUGUCACCUUCCUGUAUUUGAGAAGAUGGUGUCUGGAGGGUACUUAGGGGAGAUAGUGAGAAGAGUGUUACUAAAAAUGUCACAAGAAUCUGCUUUAUUUGGAGAUAUACUACCUCCAAAAUUGACAAAACCUUACACUUUAAGUUCGCCAGAUAUGGCUGCCAUGCAUCAAGAUAUAUCUGAAGACCGAGAGAUUGUAAACAGAAAGCUCAAGGAAGUUUUUGGGAUCAUGGAUUCAACACUUGCGGCGAGAGAAGUGGUGGUUGAAGUGUGCGAUGUAGUGGCGGAAAGAGCGGCGCGUGUGGCAGGAGCAGGGAUAGUUGGGAUGGUAAAGAAGCUGGGAAGGUUAGAGAAAAAGAUGAGCAUUGUGAUAGUUGAAGGAGGGCUGUAUGAUCAUUACAGGAUCUUUAGAAACUAUCUCCAUAGCAGUGUUUGGGAAAUGCUCGGGGACGAGUUAUCGGACCAUGUUGUCAUCGAACAUUCUCACGGUGGAUCUGGUGCCGGAGCUCUUUUCUUUGCUGCUUGCAACAGUGGUAAAAGCUAA